AUGUUUCAAUUUUUCCCAUCCACCUUUUUCAACUUCGAAUUUACCCGUGUUCUGGGCACAAUUCCCUUUGGAGGAGCAGAGCUCGCCGAAUGUCUGGACGCGGCCGCCAACAUCGUCAACGAUGACCCGGAGAGCUGGCACCAGGCCUGGUUGACCCAGGCUAAAAAGGCCGAGGCUCUGGCGACGGAUGCAUUGGCGCAUGGCGACAGAAUUGCCGCACGGGAGGCCUUUCUGCGUGCCUCGAACUACUUCCGAGCAAGCCAAUACAUGUUCAAUGACCGGCCUGAUACGCCAGAUCCGCGGGUGAAGCGGUUCUUCGCUCGCAGUGUGGCUAUGUUCCUUCAAGCACUUCCCUUCUUUGAGCAUCAGGUUCACCUGCUUCGGGUCCUGUAUCGCGAUGACGUGCACUUGCAAGGGUACAUGUUUAUCCCGGACAUCCCGUCCAAAACUUCUAACAGCUCGUUCCCCAUCGUCGUCUGUUGCGGCGGCGCCGACUCUACGUCCGAAGAGCUAUAUUUCCUGUUCGGCGCCAGCGGCUGCAAGCGAAACUACGCUGUUGUCCUGUUUGACGGCCCCGGACAGGGCCACAGUCUCCGAGAGCAGAAGAUCACCAUGCGCCCGGACUGGGAGAGCGUGACGACUCCGGUCCUGGAUUACAUCUGCAAGCUCGCAGGCGAGAAUCCGCAGUGGCGCCUUGAUACGUCGCGCAUUGCUCUGGCCGGUGUCUCGAUGGGGGCCUACUAUGCUCUCCGCGGGGCCGUCGAUCCGCGCGUCAAGGCGUGUGUCUCCAUCGACCCUUUCUACGAUAUGUUUGAUCUGGCGACGUCGCGCAUGCCGCCGUGGUUUAUCCGUGAGUGGUUGGCUGGCUGGAUUACGGACGGGAUGUUUAAUGCUACAUGGGCGACCCUUUCGAGAUUCAACUAUCAGCUGAAGUGGGAAUUGACCCAUGUGAUGUGGAUAUUUGGCCAACAGUCCGCCGCAGCUGCUAUGCGAGAGAUGCGCAGGUAUACGCUCGAUGUCGGAGACGAUCGGGAACAGUAUCUACGUCGAGUAAAGUGUCCGGUGCUGGUGAGUGGAGCUGCUCAUACCAUCUACACUGCGCCUGAAAUCAGUACCAUGCGCGUGAAGCAGGCUUUGGAUCAUCUGCCCGACUCCAAGCGGCGGGUUUGGAUUGCAAGAGAGCCUGGAGAUGGCGGACUGCAGGGGAAGGUGGGUGCUUGGCGUCUUCUACAGCAGAGAAUGUUUCAAUUUCUGGGACAGCAGUUGGAGGUUCAGCAGGGCUGUGGGGGUGAAGUGAAACGGCAACCUGUGGAUACAUUAGUAGAUGUAUAG